AUGGAGGUCGAGGAGGACUUUGAGGACGCAGCAGAGGAGAGCGAGGACGAGGAGGACGAUGAAGACGAGGGUGAGCAGGAGGCAGAGAGUGAUGAGGACCUCGCAGGGAUCAUUGACGGUGAGGAAUGGGUCGACGAGAUGUCUGGCAUGACGGAUGCGGAGCUCCGCGAGUAUCGUGCCGCUCUUCGCCCUGUGCGCACAAUGCUGACUAAGCUCCGCCGUCUUGCCUGCGCAAUCAAGAAUUCGUCCACAAUCUUGCUUCCAGCAUGGAAGCAACAGCUUGCUCUUCUCAAUCAGCCGACUCUGAUGCUUCGAAGGGAUGUCAAGUGCCGGUGGAACUCAACGUUCGACAUGCUGAAGCGAGCCUUGCGCCUCAAGACUGCCAUCAAGUCGUUCUGUGUGCCAGACCAUGAUUUCCACACCACUGAUCUCGAGGAGUACCGUCUCUCCAAGCGGGAAUGGGUAAUCGCUGAACAGCUUGUAGAGGUCUUGAAGCUUACUGAUUCGACUGAAGCUUAUCGUAUCGCGAUGGUGCUACACCCGAGCUUUAAGCUCGAGUAUUUCAAGACUCAUCACUGGCAAGACAAUUGGAUAGAGACUGCAAAGGGUCUCGUCCGCGAUGAGUACGACCUGAACUACAAGCGCGAUACCCCGGACGCGACUGCGAUGGAUGAAGACAUUGAUGAGGUGGAUCUACUACGCAGACAGGCAGGUCGAAACGACGCUAUGGUACGUGCUGUGUAA